AUGCAGCCCGACGAGAAACAAUGCGCGGCACCGCAAAGAUUCUGGGACCUAUACACUCCCAAACCACCAGUAAUUGCUUCUAAACCAGUUAAAGUGCCCCAAACUUCGACUUCGCGGUUGGAAUCAAGUGCUGUGCCGCUGCUUUCACCAGAGAUAGACGACCGAGAAGAGGCAAAGACCGUCCUCUAUCUAGCCUAUGGCUCUAAUCUCUCUGCCGAGACCUUCAAGGGGAAACGCGGCAUUAAACCCUUGAGCGCGGUCAAUGUUCAUGUUCCUGCAAUCGAUCUCACAUUCGAUUUAUGCGGGAUACCCUACACGGAACCUUGUUUCGCAAAUUGUCAAUAUAAGAAAGACCAAUCAAAUUCUCCUCGGACAAAAGAUUACCACAAGACAAGAUGGCAUAAGGGAUUGGUUGGUGUAGUCUACGAGGUGACUCGUGAGGACUAUAGGACUAUAAUAGCUACCGAAGGAGGUGGCUCAUCAUAUAAAGAAGAAAUCGUGGAAUGUUUUGUUCUUCCGAAAGGUAGCAAGACUGUGGAUCCAAAUCCUAGUAGCAUACCAUUUCAGGCAUACACUUUACUCUGUCCGUUCAACAGCGAAGAUGCGAACCGUAUUGUUCGCCCGGAUCCAAACUAUGCGCAACCAUCUGCACGAUAUCUAAAGUUAAUAACAGAUGGAGCGGAGGAGCAUAAUUUACCGGAGGAAUAUGUCGAUUACUUGCAUGGCAUUAGAUCGUAUACAGUCACGACAAUAAGACAGAAAACAGCGCAGAUCCUCAUCAUGACUUUUAUAGUGCCUGUUAUCCUGACGCUGUUUGGACUGGGGAAGAUUUUUGCAGACAAGAAUGGCAAGCUCCCGGAUUGGCUAGCUAACGCGAUGCGCACGUUAUUUAGAUUCGUUUGGGUGGCUUAUGAUAGAAUUCUGAAGGAUAAGUUUGGCGAUGGAGAGAGGACAAUAGAGAGGAAUGGGAAUGAUUUUGAAGAGAUGGAUUUAGAUAAGAGGUGGGACGAGAAAAAGAUGUCUCUUCUGUGA